CCUGCUGCGGCCUCGGGCCUGGGUCAAGCAUAAUCUCCAAUAACAUUGAACCAGCCAUGCAACUACCAGCAGCCAACCGGCUUUCAUCCCUGCAAACAUUCAUUCUUCUCCACGGCUGAUCAGACAGACAGACAACAGUCAUGCCAACGAAACAACCACCCCUGCUUCACUGCUCCAUCCCUCCGACAAGACUGCCAAUUGACUGUUAACUUGGACUCGACGACUCGGGAGUUGAGACAUCCCAAGACCCAUUUUUUUUUCUUUUUUUUUUCCUUCUUGUUCAUCGCAGGUGGGUUCCCGCCACACCUACUAGUCUGUAUACGCAUAAAACACAUAGAUUAAGUUCAUCGGUAACAUGGAAACGGAUCAAGAAGUGGGCUUCUUAAGGUUCGCAGACGUUUGGGUUCCCGAUCGUAACCAAUAUAUCCUGCCCGUCCCCGAGAUAUCUUCUUCUUCCAUGUUGCUACUACUACCUCGCAGAACUCUGUACGGAUUCCGACGCUCCGUGGAUCCAACUCUGCUCACCGUUGAACGGCUCAAAAUAGCCUUUCAAACAUCAACAACAAAAAGCAAACCUCUGUCCGGCGUGGCGCGAUUGGCGAGUGCUUUGCCUUUGGCUAUCAUGCCCACUAUUGGCUCUGGCGCUGGGCGGAGGCUGGGGCAAGAGUCGUACGCAGCGUAAGACACUUGACCCUGGCCCUAGCAAAAAUGAGGAAAAAGAAAAAGAAAAGAAAAAGAAAAAGAAAGUCAUGAGGCGGGGCACGAUUAGCGUGUUCUUUUUUUUUAGUGUGUCUGUUAGUAUAUUA